GUCCUGGGCCGGUCCCGGGGCGGUCCCGUGUCCGCCCUUAUAGCGGCGGCGGCGGCGGCUCCCGGGGCGGCGCGGCCGCCAUGGACCUGCACAUCCUGGAGCACCGGGUGCGGGUGCUGAGCCUGGCCCGCCGCGGGCUCUGGCUCUACACGCACCCGCUGCUCAAGCUGCUCUUCCUGCCCCAGCGCUGCCGAUGCAAGUUCUUCAGCCUGACGGAGACCCCCGAGGACUACACGGUCAUGCUGGACGAGGAGGGCUUCAAAGAGCUGCCACCCUCCGAGUUCAUGCAGGUGGCAGAUUCCACGUGGCUGGUGCUCAGCGUGGUCUCCAACGGGCGGGAGCCCCCCGGCUGCCAGGCCACCGGCGUCACCAAGAUCGCGCGCUCGGUCAUCGCGCCGCUGGCCGAGCACCACGUCUCGGUGCUGAUGCUCUCCACAUACCAGACCGACUUCAUCCUGGUGAGUGACAGGCACAGGGACACCUGGCUGGCCGUCCCGGGGUCCCUCUGUGCCCUGAGGAGGGGUGGCAGUGCUGAUCCUGCUCCUGGGCAGGUGCGGGAGCGGGACCUGCCCGUGGUGAUCCACACGCUGGCCGGGGAGUUCGACAUCUACAAGGAGGAGGGUGGCGAGUGUGUCCCUGUCACCUGCGAUGACGUCAGCAACGGCUUCCUCAAGCCCAAGCCACCCGCCAGCCCCACGCUGCACCCGGUGCAGAGCCCCCAGACGCGCUUCUGUGUCCUGACGGUGGCCCCCGACACGCUGCCCGCCAUCGCCACCAUGCUCAUUGACGUCCUCUUCUACUCCCACAGCCCCCCGUGGGAUGCAGCCGCCGGCAGCCAGGACCUCGACUCCAUCACCUUCUUCUCCUUCUCCCUCAUCGAGGGCUACAUCUCCAUCGUGAUGGAUGCCGAGACCCAGAAGCGCUUUCCCAGUGACCUGCUGCUGACCAGCUCCACGGGGGAGCUGUGGCGCAUGGUGCGCAUCGGGGGGCAGCCCCUCGGCUUCGACGAGUGUGGCAUCGUGGCGCAGAUCGCGGAGCCGCUGGCGGCCGCCGACAUCUCGGCCUAUUACAUCAGCACCUUCAACUUUGAUCACGCCCUGGUGAGCCCUGCCCCUCCCUGGGCACCCCUGCCAGCCCCGGGGUGUCCCCUGAGGCUGACACCCGCUCUGUCCCCCGGCAGGUCCCUGAGGAGGGCAUUGCUGAGGUGAUCCAGCUGCUGCAGCAGCGGCAGGAGAGCGGCAGAUAGCGGCUGGCUGUCCCCAGGCUGGCUGUCCCAGCGUGGCGCCUCCCCUGCUCCCCACCCCUGUCAUUAAUUGUUAAUUGUUAAUGAUCCCCCAGCACGGGACAGAGCUGGGCUCAGCAUCGCUCCCUCUGUGCUGGGGAUGUGGUGGCUUUGGGGACGUGGUGGCCUUGUGGCAGUGGGCACAAGGAGAGGGGCAGUCCCUGGGUGCCAUCCUCUCCCUCUAGCCUGACCUGGGUGGGGUGGGUGGCCCAGGGACAGUGGGUGUGUCCAGGUGGAGGGGACACGGGGGGACAUGCCAAAGAGCAGUGAUGUGCCACCAUGGUGCUAUAGGGGACAGCCUGGGGCUGAUGGGAUGUGUCCCCUUGGGAAGGGAGCGGUGGCCACGAUGCUCAGGGACAGCCCUGGAGCAGCCCCAUGGAGGGGAGAGCAUUCCUGGAGCUGGGGUUACCCCUGGCACCCCAAAAAUCUCCAAGGGGACUCUGGUUCAAUGCCAGCGCUGGCUGUCACCUGUCAUGGAGGGGUGACAGUGACUCCCAGCUCCUCACAAGUUGUAUUUUCACAUAGUUUUUGAUAAGUCAAUAAAAUUCUUAUUAUUUUUA